UAACCCCUUCAUUAGCCAGGAACUUUAUAUAAAUGAAUAAAGGAACUAGCGGAUCAAAUUUUUUCCUUCGAUUUUUGAGUUAAGCUAAACAUCUUUUAUCCCACAUAAGCACUGCAUGUUGAACUACUGCUUUCUUAUAUAUCGUUAUCUGCUAUUAUUACCAGUGAAUAAUCCAUUGACAUUCGCAGAUAGCCAGAUAUGGUUCCCCUAGAAAUAGAAUGCUUUAGAACCACAACAAAUCGUAGAUUGAGAGCAGAAUAAGAUUAUAAAGUUAUCAAAGAAACGGCAUUCGACUACUAUAUUUUUUCAAUCUUCUUGAUUUUUUAUUGCUAGUUAAGCAUAAGGGUGCUCAGGUUCAGUUUGGUCAAUUUUUUUUCCAGUAUUCUACUACCAAACCAACACCAGCAGCUUUCUAAAACAAAGUAAAAGUUUCAGAAACAAUUACUUUUGGUUUUCAAGGCACCAUUUCAGUUUGACUUGGUGUGGUGGUUUUGCAACUAUCUUUUCUCUCCCCAAUUAAUUACAGUUAGAAAAAUGUGUUAAACUUUAAACUACAUAUGCUUCAUGUUAACACAAUCAAAAUCUAAACUUAAAAAUCUAAACUGGAAGAUCAUUUCGAGAUCUUCGAACAUAUUCGAGGGUUCAAUGUUACUAUUGUAACUUCGGCCAACACGCAAGAUGAGACUUUACCACCGUGGAGCGGCUUUUUGCAAAAAGAUGAGGGGGAAACUCAGUAAGAUGUCGGAGAAGCGAAAUAUACGAGAUCACAAACGUAGAUUGCUCGCGGCAAAAUAUGAAUUGAGACGAAAGCUUUAUAAAGCCCUUUGUAAAGAUCCCGAUCUUCCUAGUGAUAUGCGGGACAAACAUCGUUAUAAGUUGUCCAAGUUGGCAAGAAAGAGUUCCUUUGCACGAGUAAGAAACCGAUGUAUUUACACGGGUCGCCCUCGUUCUGUAUAUGAUAAAAAUUUCUCGUAUCCUUUUUCGUGGAUUAGCAUCUCGAGGUCCUUUGAUGGGCAUAAAGAAAUCUUCUUGGUACCAAAAAAUAGUUUCAAUUACCCAAGGAAAACACUGAUACAAGAAGAAAAUUUUAUACUACCAGGGAAAAAGAUUCUAUCAAUAAACAGACCAGUAACAACUAAUUGGAAUAUUUGGAGAAAGAGAAUUAAGAUUUUGGGUGCUUUUGGUAUGGCACAUUUAUACGUGGAACCUGCUAAAGUACAACAACAACUGCUACUACCACUGCUAAGUACCAAUUUCCUGCUUGACACUUCAUCAUCUUUUUUCGGUAAACACUCUUUAAAAAGAGUUCUUUGAUGAUCUUUUUCAAUUUCCCUAAAAUUAAGGAAAUCCAUCAAUUAAUAAACUUUCGUUUAAUCACUAUUCUUUUUCUUUUUUUUGGAAAAUCAAUUUCCAGUACUACAAGCAACAAGAGUCAAAUACUAAGCAACAGAUUUAGAAUGACUAAAAUCUUCAGAUAUUGUUCAGAAGAAGAGACUUAUU